UCCUGUGGCUUCCCCCAGCAGGGCCUGUGGCUGCUGGGUGCUCUCAGUGUCCCGUCCUGGCUGAGCAGGAGUUGGUGAGCCACAGGCACUUUCUUCUUCUCCUCGGCUGAGUGGAAACUGACAAUCCUGCAGAUUGGGAGCCAAACUGGAACUCCUUCCAUCUGUGUCCAGACGUUUAAGAAUUUGGAUGGAUUCCACAGGAAGGUUUUACAGAGCACUUAAUCAAGUGCCCCGGAGGUUACAUUUCAGGAAAGCUCUCUUGGAUCCAAGACAAAGGCGGGGUGUAAAAAGCGAAAACAAGAGUCGCCUGAGUCAGAGGUCCUUUGGUCUCCUCCUCACUCAAGACUGUGCCUCUCUCCCAGAUGAAACAGCUUGGUGCCAUGGCUCUGGAGCAGAACCAGUCAAUGGAAUACUACUAUGAGGACAACGAGAUGAAUGACACGUAUGACUACAGCCAGUAUGAAGCAAUCUGCAUAAAAGAAGAGGUCAGGCAGUUUGCAAAAGUCUUCCUCCCUGCCUUCUUCACAAUAGCCUUUGUCAUUGGACUGGCAGGGAAUUCCGUAGUUGUGGCAAUUUACACCUAUUACAAAAAACAGAGGACCAAGACGGAUGUGUACAUCCUGAAUCUGGCUGUGGCAGACUUGUUGCUUCUGGUCACGUUGCCUUUCUGGGCAGUUAAUGCAGUUCAUGGGUGGAUUCUAGGGAAAAUGAUGUGCAAAAUAACUUCGGCCCUGUACACGGUAAACUUUGUCUCUGGGAUGCAGUUUCUGGCUUGUAUCAGCAUUGACAGAUAUUGGGCAAUCACUAAGGCCCCCAGCCAGUCAGGAGCCGGGAGACCCUGCUGGAUCAUAUGUUGCUGUGUGUGGGUGGCUGCUAUCUUGCUGAGCAUACCCCAGCUGGUUUUUUAUACUGUCAAUCACAAUGCCAGGUGCACUCCCAUCUUUCCCCACCACUUAGGAACGUCCCUGAAAGCAUCCAUUCAGAUGCUGGAAAUCUGCAUCGGCUUUGUGGUUCCCUUUCUUAUCAUGGGGGUGUGCUAUGCCAUCACUGCAAGGACACUCAUCAAGACGCCCAACAUUAAAAAGUCCCGUCCCCUCAAGGUUCUGCUCACAGUGGUUAUAGUUUUCAUUGUCACUCAGCUGCCUUAUAACAUUGUCAAGUUCUGCCAAGCCAUAGAUGCCAUCUACUUGCUGAUCACCAACUGCGACAUGAGCAAACGCAUAGAUGUUGCCAUCCAAGUCACAGAGAGCAUUGCGCUAUUCCAUAGCUGCCUCAACCCUGUCCUGUAUGUCUUCAUGGGUGCCUCUUUCAAAAACUAUAUCAUGAAAGUGGCCAAGAAAUAUGGAUCCUGGAGAAGACAGAGACAGAACGUGGAGGAAAUUCCUUUUGAUUCUGAGGGUCCUACAGAGCCAACCAGUUCUUUUACCAUUUAAAUUUAAAACUGCUCUCUGCUUUUUGCUUGGGCACACACACACACACACACACACACACACACACACACACACACACGUGAUGUUUCUUCCUCAAAUAAAAUAUUUGUGUUACACUGAGACUCAAAUGUCAAAUACUAGACUGUUGUUGCAAUGUAUUACAAAGAAGGAGCAAAGGGUGGGGGGUAUGAGGAAGAUAGAUGCCAGAGAGUAAACGAUAAGCGGGAAAAAUGAGGAAAUUAAAGUUAAUGACAGGGAAACAGCAUGACAAAAGGGAGAAAGCAUAGUGCUAGAAAGAGGAACCCUUUGUGAUGGGGGGGGGGAUUUGCAUCUCGACUGCAGUGAUGGCUACUCAAGUCUACAUGUGCCACAUGUGAAUCUCAACUCCUGAUUUUGAUAGCAACUAUAAUUAUGAAAUAUAAAGCAUUGGCUAAUGAGCCCCAGGACCAUCCUAUGUGAUAAGUCACCGGGUAAGGAGCCCCCAGGAGCAUCCUAUGUGAUAAGUCACCGGGU